AUGGGUUUACUUGAAAUUGUUCCAACUGGCGUUAUUACCGGUGACAAUGUUCGUAAAUUGUUUCAAUACGCACAUGAAAAUAAUUUUGCCAUCCCUGCGGUGAACGUUAGUUCCUCGUCCACUAUUAACGCUGCGCUGGAAGCAGCGCGGGAUAUUAAGGCACCGCUCAUUAUUCAGCUCUCGCAAGGUGGCUCUCAAUUUUAUGCUGGUAAAGGUUUGAGUAACGAAGGACAGCGUGCUUCUAUUAUUGGUGCUGUCUCAGCUGCUUAUCAUGUUCGUCGAGUUGCUAAGGAUCCUGUGGUCUUGCAUUCUGAUCAUUGUGCCAAAAAACUUUUGCCAUGGUUCGAUGGAAUGUUGGAGGCGGAUGAAGAAUACUUUGCGAAGCAUGGGGAACCUUUAUUUAGUUCUCAUAUGCUUGAUCUUUCAGAAGAACCAAAAGACGAAAACAUCGCCAUCUGUAAGCAAUACCUGGAACGUAUGAAGAAGGUUAAUCUAUUGCUUGAAAUGGAAAUCGGUAUUACUGGUGGUGAGGAAGAUGGUGUUGAUAAUACAGGCGUGGAUAAUGCUUCACUCUACACACAACCCGAAGAUGUAUGGGAUGUUUAUCGUAAUCUGAUUGAGAUUAGCGACUUAUUCACUAUCGCUGCUGCAUUUGGUAAUGUACAUGGGGUUUAUAAACCAGGAAACGUGAAACUCUCGCCGAUUCUUCUAAAAAAACAUCAAGAGUAUAUCAAAGAGAAGACCAAGGCAAAAACUGAUAAACCUGUGUGGUUAGUAUUUCAUGGUGGUUCCGGUUCAUUGUCCACGGAAAUUAAUGAUGCUGUCAGUUAUGGCGUUGUGAAAAUGAAUAUUGAUACCGAUACGCAAUGGGCUUACUGGGAAGGUAUAAGGAAUUUCUAUGAAUCUAAAAAAGGUUAUCUUCAAACGCAGGUUGGAAAUCCUGAAGGUCCAGAUAAACCAAACAAAAAGUAUUACGAUCCUCGUGUGUUUAUUCGUGAAGCUGAAAAGAGUAUGGCCAAACGUGUGCAGCAGGCUUGUCGUGAUUUGGGAAAUGUUGACCGUUUAUAA